AUGACGAAUCUGGAGCUUCUUCAGAAAUCCAGCAAGAAACAAAUCGGGAGCUUUUUCAGGAAUGUCAAGCCUCAGCCCCUAUCCCUGUUCCCAGCCCGAAGCAAGUUGGGGGCCGUUCCCUGUUCCUUAAAUCAUGUUGCACCAAUAAGCCCAUCACGCCAACAGGCCCUGGGGCUUGACUAUCCAUCGAUAAGCCUACAUUGCUAUCUGUCGCAGAGGAAUGAUGCUCUCUUCUCUCGCAUCGCGAGCGGAGGCAACUGUGCGGUGGUGCUCGUGAAUUGUUUCCCUACACCAGAAGCGCAGUACCCGAUCCCCAUCGAAGAAGCCUAUGCAGCGACCAAGUGGAUUGCGGAGAACGAGAAUGCAAUUGGUGUUGAUAUCUCGAAGCUUGCGGUUUGUGGAGACAGCGUGGGUGGCAAUAUGUCCAUUGCUGUGACCAUCAUAUACAAGGAACAAUGCUUGUUCUACCCGAUCACCGACGUAUCGUUCAAUACCAAAUCGUGUAAGGAGUUUCACGAUUGGCCGUGGCUCACUCUUCAAGCCAUGCAGUGGUUCUGGGAUUAGUAUGCAUCGGAUCAAGGUGUAUGGAGGGAGCCAACUGCUUCUCCAUUGAGGGCACCGAUGGAAGUAUUCAAAGGCAUGCCACCGGCUCUCGUUAUAAUUGGUGAGUUUGAUGUGCUGCGAGACGAGGGAGAGAACU